GGAGUCAUUUCCAUCCUCACAAUCUGUGCUGAGAGCCACUUGGACCUCAUCUUGAAUGCACUUCAGGAGUUUGGGGCUGCAAUGAGCAAGGUUAAGAUUUCUGGGUUCAUCAGCCACCUGAAGGACUACCACCAUGGGACAAGAGGCAAGACUCGCAGCAUACAGCAACAUGGCUGUCCAUGCUCCAAAAGAGCAGCUUCUCUCCCGAGUAGAGGCAGACAUCACAGGGAACGUCCUUCACCAUUACAGAACCAGUUGUCAGGUGCUGGGCAUCACUGUUACAAACAAGGACAUGUACCUAAAAUUAACCCUCAUCCAGAAUGUCAUGGAGAUUAGCUGUGCCAUUUUGGAGACCAGAGACUCCCAGAAGUUCGAAUUCUCUUACAAACUGGAGUUCCUUGGCUACAUGCUGGACUUCAUUAAAAAGGAACCACAGGAUUCCCUGGCAUCUCCAGUUCGCUACAAGGCAAUUCUUGCCAUUGGACAUCUGAGCAAACUCAAACCAUCUUUGACCUUGGAGGAAAACCGUGAGCUCCUUGAUCAGUGUUUCAAAAGUUUGUUUCCCCUCCCUCCCUUGGAAAAGAUGAUGAAAGAAGAAGGCGAGACAGCAAAGAAUGCUCUGCCUAUACAGUCACUGUACGUAGAGUCCUUGGAAGCUCUUGGCAAGCUAAUGAAGAUUUUGCUGGAGGAAGAACCAACCGCACACUGGUUCUGGGAAAUGUUUCAACUACUAGAGACAUGGCUCCAUUCAGGGAAGGAGUGGGAAAGAGAAAGGGCCUUGCGGGCCAGCAUCCAGCUGCUGACUGCCUUUCAAGAGACAGUUCAUAGCACAGUGAGUAUAGCCUUACUCUUCCUUCAGCUGACUUCCCUGCUUAUAACCGAUCUGACACUCAACGCAAAUGCAUGAAAAAAGCUUCCAGGGCAGCAGCUGGGAUCUCAAAGUGACUAAGAUCCCUCUGCUUCCAUAAGAG